AUGGCCGCCACCCAAACCAUCCAAGUCCCCCACCUGGGCGGAAUCAAGGCCGGGUAUGCCAUCUCUGGAAACGGGCAGAUCGACCCGUCCAAGCCGACAUGCGUUCUCAUAAACGCAAUGUGCAUGACUAGGCUCACCGCCGCCGUUAAUCUGCUCGCCAUUGAGCCCCUCGGCCACGGCGCCACGAGCUGCCCUACCGAGCACUUCACCUACUGGGACACGGCCAUUAUGGCCCUGCAGGUGCUUGAUAAGUUGGGUGUCGAGCGGGCGUACGCUCUCGGAACAAGUCAGGGCGGCUGGAUGGUCGCACGGAUGGCCAUACUUGCGCCAGAGAGGAUCCAAGGCCUGCUCGUGCUUGGCACGUCGAUGGACUACGAAUCCCAAGAGUCGAGGUUAAAGGGCUGCUGGGAUCCGGUCACCAUGCUGUCGCCUUUCCUGGAGAAAUGGUCGAGCCCCGUCGAGGACUUUGUCGUCGACGACGUCUGGUGCGGCAUGGUUGGAAGCGUCGGUUUCGGUGACCAUGGUACGCCAGACAAGGCAGCAUUUUGGACCAACACGCUACGGGAGGUUUACCGUGGGGACGAGGGCCGCAGGAAGGCCAAGAUGGCCCUGCUCAACCUCCUGACAAGGGAUGGCCUCCUCCUCCGCCUAAAGGAUGUCAAAUGUCCCGUCCACUGGCUUCAGGGGACCAAGGACAUUCCAUACGGUACCACCGUGCCUACCGAGCACAUUAAGCUGUUCACGUCCGCCCCCGAGGCGGAGCUGACUUUUGUCCCUGAUGGUGGCCACUACCUCAACGCGACGAACCCCGUCGAGGUUGCAGAUGCCAUGCUCAAGAUGAUUACUGCGGAGAGAUAGUUCUGCUUUUACCGGAGGCAGCGAAUUGUGCCGAUGGUGUUACCAAACAGAAAUCAGUCACUCUUCGAAUAUAACCCAUCGACCUGUCGCGACUGCCGACUUCCAAGGUUACAACGAGCAUACUGGAGCAGCAAAUGUCUCGUUCAAAAGACCAGUUGGCGGCAGAGUCUGGGCAUAGGGAAUGGGGUGGGUGGAGAGGACCCAGAAGACUUGGGCAGUCAUCUAUUAGCAGAAGUCUAUUUAUUGACCAAAUAAAUCGAAUUAUUUGAUAUGAGGCGGGAUCGAGGGAAUAUCCGUGGAAUAGCCCCUGUCCCUUGACUGUCGACUUGACGGUUCUCCACUUGUGUCGACCACAACCAUCGUGACGAUGUCCAUCUGUAUUCCCCCGUCAGACUGGGCUUGUUGCGAAGGAAGCGACGGUUGGCUGCUGUUGCGAUCGCCGAUUCUCCACCACCCCUUUUCUUUCUUCGAAUGCCACGAUUGUCUCUUCCACUUGUCCUGACCACCCUGCACGUAUACAAUAUUACCGAGAUUACGCCCUUCCGGCGUCCUCAUGAACGUAAAUUGGUCGAGACCUGUGUUGCGAAUGUCUGCCUUGUCGCUGAAAACAAUUAUGUAAGACCAGAGGAUCGAGUCGAGGAGGCCAGUUGCGGCAAGAAGGGCCCCAGCUGC